UUGAAGAUUGUGCUGCUCAUCUUUAAGGCUGUUUUACUGACAGACUGUGUAAGAGGACCUCCACGAGUGUCCGACAAAGUUGCACACAGGCAGAUGGCCCGGAUAGGCAGUGCCAUCAAGCUGCCGUGCCCAGUGGAAGGAGACCCCCCACCCCUCAUUAUGUGGACCAAAGACGGGCGUAACAUCCACAGUGGCUGGAUACGCUUCCGCAUCCUCCGCACGGGCUUGAAAAUUAAGGAUGUGGAGUCAGACGACACAGGGACCUACAUCUGCAAGGCAACGAACGGCUUUGGAAGCGUCAACGUCAACUACACUCUCAUCGUCAUCGAUGACUCCGGUCCCGAUAAAACUGGACCAGCCCAUGAAACCGAGGCUGAGCCAUGCUGUGAAAAACUUGUGCGCCCUCGCUUCACCCAGCCCACAAAGAUGAGGAAGAGGGUGAUAGCACGGCCCGUGGGCAGCUCGGUGCGGCUCAAAUGCACGGCCAGCGGGAACCCGCGGCCGGACAUCGUGUGGCUGAAGGACGACAGGCCGCUGACGGAGCAGGAGGUCGGGGAGGGCCGGCAGAAGAAGUGGACCCUCAGCCUGAGGAACCUGACGCCGGAGCACAGCGGGAGAUACACCUGCAGGGUUUCCAACCGGGCCGGGGAGAUCAACGCCACCUACAAAGUGGAGGUCAUACAGAGGACAAACUCCAAACCUGUUCUCACGGGGACCCAUCCGGUCAACACCACGGUGGACUUCGGAGGGACCACGUCCUUCCAGUGCAAAGUGAGGAGUGACGUUAAGCCGGUCAUUCAGUGGCUGAAGCGCGUGGAGUCCAACGAGGAGAGCCGCUACAACUCCACCAUCGAGGUGGGGGACGACCGCUUCGUGGUGCUGCCCACGGGGGAGGUGUGGUCAAGGCCCGACGGCUCCUACCUCAACAAGCUGCUCAUCUCCCGCGCCAGGGAGGAGGACGCCGGCAUGUACAUCUGCCUGGGCGCCAACACCAUGGGCUACAGCUUCCGCAGCGCCUUCCUCACCGUGCUGCCAGACACGAAGCCUCCAGUCACGGCCCCGUUCCCGGCUGCCUCCAGCUCCCUGCCCUGGCCUGUCAUUAUCGGCAUCCCCGCUGGAAUAGUACUGCCGGGCCCCCACCGGCUGCCCUGCAGAGAGCGGGACCGCGGCUGCGUGGCGCCGUCCUCCAGCUCCUCCAGCCCAGACAAAGACUGCGUGGGCUCCAUGAACUACGAGGAGUACUUGGCCCAGCAGCAGCAGCUGCUCCUCGGCCAGGGGGGGGCGGCGGGGCCCCCCAAAAUCUACCCCAAGAUCUACACUGACAUUCACACACACACUCACUCUCAUGUGGAUGGAAAAGUACACCAACACCAGCACAUCCACUUUCAGUGUUAG